AACCAAAGGAAUUUUCCUAGUCUCCUCUCUCUCUCUCUCUCUCCCAAAAUUUAGAAACCAAUCCUCAAUUUUUUCCUAUUUCACUUUUCGCUCUUCUUCUUCUUCUAUCGAUCGUUUUAUUCUCUCUAUCUGAUGCUUCCACUUUGGUGAGUAAUUCAAUCCAGUUCGAUCACUGAAGAAGUCCUCCUUCAAUUUUCAGUUGGGGGAUUAGGGUUAUCGGUUGAAAUUUGUGGUUGUGUGUGGAGAAUUGAUGAGGAUCGAGGAACUGGACGAGGUCGACUCUGAUCGGAAUGACGGCGUUUACGGGACGCAGAUUGUGAGCGUCGACGCCAAGCGAGCGCUCGUCGGAGCCGGCGCUCGGAUCCUCUUCUAUCCCACGCUUCUCUAUAAUGUGCUUCGGAACAAGAUCGAGACAGAGUUCAGAUGGUGGGACGAAGUUGACCAGUUCCUUUUGCUGGGCGCCGUUCCAUUUCCUAAAGACGUUCCGCGAUUGAAGCGGCUAGGUGUUGGUGGUGUUAUCACUCUCAAUGAACCUUAUGAAACAUUGGUUCCCUCAUCCUUGUAUUACGCCCAUGGGAUUGACCAUCUAGUAAUUCCUACAAGAGAUUAUCUUUUUGCUCCUUCACAUGUAGAUAUUAGCCGAGCUGUGGAGUUUAUUCACAGGAAUGCAUCUUGCGGUAGAACUACUUAUGUCCACUGUAAAGCCGGUCGUGGUAGAAGUACAACAAUUGUUCUCUGCUAUUUGGUGGAAUACAAGAACAUGACACCAGCUGCUGCACUGGAUUAUGUGCGGUCUAGAAGGCCCCGUGUUCUGCUAGCACCAUCUCAGUGGAAGGCUGUUCAAGAAUUCAGCCGAAGAAAGCCAGCCUCAGCUGCAUACUCCCCCUCAGGAGAUGCUGUUCUUAUUACAAAAGCAGAUCUUGAAGGGUAUCACAGCGCUCCUGAGGAACUCGCAGCCAAGCAACUCGUGGUGGUUCCCAAAGUGGUGAAGGCCAGUCCGAUGAUAGCGAGAUUGUCCUGUCUCUUUGCUUCCUUGAAAGUAGCUGGUAGUUCUGGAAUAGUUGCGAGGCGGUUGCCUGUGCCAGAGCCGCGUGCUUGUUGAGUCCUCACGUCGCUAGCAAGAAUACCACGAGUUUGUUGCUUGUACAGAAGAGAACUAUGAAAAUAAGUUAAGCAGCUUUAUAGAGUUCCAAUGUAGCUUUGUGUUUAUGAGAGAGAGGGAAAUGAACGGAGUACAAAAAAACCCGGGGGAGAUUGAAGGUUGUGUGUUACAGUGUUUUGAUGGCUGAGGAAUGAAUAACUCUCAGUUCAGCAUGUACAUAAUACUUGCAUCAAUUUUUCACUUUCCCUGAAUUAUUCUGCUUUUUAAAAUCUCUUUUUUAUUUUUACUUGAUUGACUUUGGGAGCAGUAUUUAGCUUGGGCGAGUU